AUGAUGGUGAAGAAGCGCAGAACCAGCGGCGCUGUCAUUAGUGCCACUCUGAAACGGACCAGAAAGGAGGGGCAGGUCGCUGUGCAUUUGGGGCUUUCCGUGUCCGCAUCAGUGGAUUAUCACCAGGUGAUGUCGUCUUUCGAACAGGAAACCAAGGGUUUCAAAUUUCCUCAGGCGGAAAUGAUGCCCUCCAACAGCAGCAAAGCGCUUUCAUAUCCUCCUAAUGCUUGGAUGCGCUUUAAAACAACAUGUUGUUUUCGAGUUGAUUCAUCAAAGAUCAGCAUCAUGUUCCCUCCUUGA